UAUGCUGGAGAGCACAGAGCAGUUGUGAAACCCCUCCUCCUUCUUUGUUCCUCCUCGUCAACUCUCUCUCCGCCAUGACCAGCUCCUCCGCCUCCUCCCGCAAGAUUCUGAGUAAGAUUGCAUGCAAUCGCCUCCAGAAGGAGCUCCUGGAGUGGCAGGUCAAUCCUCCCGUCGGUUUCAAACACAAAGUCACUGACAAUCUCCAGAGGUGGGUGAUCGAAGUGACUGGAGCUCCGGGGACUCUUUAUUCGAAUGAGACCUAUCAGCUUCAGGUUGAUUUCCCUGAGCAUUACCCAAUGGAAGCACCGCAGGUUAUCUUUGUGCCUCCAGCUCCGAUGCAUCCUCAUAUUUAUAGCAAUGGCCAUAUUUGUUUAGAUAUUUUGUACGAUUCUUGGUCACCAGCCAUGACUGUGAGUUCUGUAUGUAUUAGCAUCCUCUCUAUGCUAUCAAGCUCGCCUGCGAAGCAACGCCCAGAAGAUAAUGACAGGUAUGUAAAGAAUUGUAGAAAUGGAAGAUCUCCCAAAGAGACGAGAUGGUGGUUCCAUGAUGAUAAGGUGUAAAAUAGCCAUGCAGUCUGUUCCAUCAUUAGCGGUACAAGAAAUUAGAGUAAUUGGGUUUCAUGUUCAGAGGACAAUGAAGGCAAAAAAGAAAGCAGCAUUACAAAAAAAAAAUGAAUUUCUGGAUUUGUCCCUAAUUGCUCAAUAACUCUCUUAUAAGUUCUAUGGCUGGUACUUGUAAAGCAAAGGGAACAAGUUCUGUUUCUACCAAUUUGUAAGGAACAAAUGAGGUCAGAAAAUGUUGGUGUGAGUUCAUAAUUCAAGUCCUUUCUCUCA